UGCUCCGCCCGCGCGCGCUCGGCGCUGCGGCGGCGUCAGCUGACCGCGGGUCACGUGACCCGCCGGCGGGUGUGCGGGCGGCGCGGCCGGGCCGGGCAUGGGGCAGUGACGUGUCCUGCCUUUAUCUUCAGAAGCAGAAAGCAUCAAGAUAAAGGCAGAAAAAUGACCGAGUUUUGGCUGAUUUCUGCUCCUGGGGAAAAAACCUGUCAACAGACGUGGGAGAAACUGCAUGCAGCAACUACAAAACACAACAAUCUUUCUACUAAUUCAAAGUUCAACAUUCCGGACUUGAAGGUUGGCACACUGGAUGUUUUGGUUGGUUUGUCAGAUGAGCUGGCUAAACUGGAUGCUUUUGUGGAGAGUGUUGUAAAGAAAGUGGCCCAGUAUAUGGCUGAUGUUCUAGAAGACAGUAAAGAUAAAGUUCAGGAGAAUCUUCUGGCUAAUGGAGUUGACUUGGUCACCUACAUAACAAGGUUCCAGUGGGAUAUGGCCAAAUACCCAAUCAAGCAAUCCUUGAAGAAUAUUUCAGAAAUUAUUACAAAGGGAGUAAACCAGAUUGACAAUGAUCUAAAAGCAAGAGCCUCGGCAUACAAUAAUCUGAAAGGGAAUCUUCAGAAUUUGGAAAGAAAGAAUGCGGGAAGCUUGCUAACCAGAAGUCUUGCUGAUAUUGUAAAGAAAGAGGACUUUGUACUUGAUUCAGAAUAUUUGGUCACAUUAUUAGUGAUUGUACCAAAGGUAAAUUAUAAUGACUGGGUUAAGCAGUAUGAAACACUAGCAGAGAUGGUUGUACCACGUUCCAGCAAUGUACUCUUUGAGGACCAAGACAGUUACCUUUGUAAUGUCACCUUGUUCAGGAAGGCAGUGGAUGACUUCAAGCACAAAGCCAGAGAAUUUAAAUUUUUGGUCCGUGACUUCCAGUAUAAUGAAGAAGAGAUGAAAGCUGAUAAAGAAGAAAUGAAUAGACUGUCAACUGACAAGAAGAAACAGUUUGGGCCUCUAGUUCGGUGGCUGAAAGUUAAUUUCAGUGAAGCUUUCAUUGCAUGGAUCCAUGUGAAAGCAUUACGAGUUUUUGUUGAAUCUGUUUUAAGGUAUGGUUUGCCAGUUAACUUCCAGGCAAUGCUGCUUCAGCCUAAUAAGAAAACAAUGAAGAAACUGAGGGAGGUUUUGUAUGACUUAUACAAACACCUUGACAGCAGCGCAGCAGCUAUCAUUGAUGCAACUAUGGAUAUUCCGGGUUUAAACCUCAGUCAACAGGAGUACUACCCAUACGUGUACUACAAGAUCGACUGUAACUUGCUGGAAUUCAAGUAAAAGUUCCCUAACAUGACAAUCUUCUCAGUGUCGGUGUUAACAAACAGAAGUGAGGUUAAAGUACAGUAAUACUUUUAACACUAUACUAAUCAUAUGCUUGCUUCUUAUGUUAGGUGAAUUUAACACACUGUGGUCCAUCUCUAGACAUUUUCUUUUUCAAGAACAGUGUAGGUAAUCAGCUUUUAAUCGACUAUGUCUGUAAAUGUAUAUUGAGAGAAUUGAAGUAUUUAUAAACAGAGUGAUUUAUUUAAGGAAAAGUUUAUCCCUCUUUCAUAUGGUGGUCUGUGUUAAUUCAAUUUACCAUUGUUUAUAAAAAAACCUUGUUUACAGAAGAAUAGUGUAAAUGUUCAUGGCCAUUUUGUUCAUUUGAUUUAGUAUAUACAACUGUGUUAACGUUGUUGAACUGUGAUGUAAAGUAUGUAAAAUUGGUAUAAAAUUGUGCUUUCUGAAUGGUUUAAAAUUACAGUUGAUGCACUGUAAACACAGGAAAAAAUAAACAUACCUGUGCAAAAGUGUCA